GCUUCUCGAUUCUUCUUCCUCCAAUUUCGAAUCUUCCAAGUGAAAAAAGCUCUAAAGUUUGGAACUUUCUACAGUUUCUUCAUCUGGGUCUGCUCUGAGUUUCGUGUGUAGCUUAAUCUGAGCUUAAAGCUUGAAUUUUUACUUCUGGGGUUUGUUUGUUCAUAAAGCUUCAAUUUUUGGCGUUUUUCUUUGUUGAAAUGGAUCGAUAACGAAGGUGUUAGAAGAAAGUUUGUUGCUUUAGAUUCGUAUUCGAUAAAGAAAUGAGUUUGGUUCCUCCUUUACCGAUUUUAUCGCCACCGUCGUCAAAUUCUUCAACAACCGCACCUCCUCCGUUACCGUCUCAGCCCACCACUCCAUCUGCUCCACCUCCGGUUACACCACCUCCUUCUCCGCCGCAAUCUCUUCCACCGGUCGUAUCAUCAUCACCACCACCACCACCGGUUGUUUCGUCACCUCCACCGGCUUCUUCUCCACCACCGUCACCUCCCGUCGUUACUUCACCUCCUCCCACCGUUGCUUCUUCCCCUCCACCUCCUGUGGUGAUUGCUUCUCCUCCUCCCUCUACUCCGGCGACAACACCACCAGCUCCUCCGCAAACUGUCUCACCUCCACCACCUCCUGAUGCUUCUCCCUCACCUCCUGCACCAACAACAACAAACCCUCCUCCUAAACCUUCUCCUUCGCCGCCGGGAGAAACACCUUCACCACCUAAGCCUUCUCCGUCAACUCCAACAACAACCACAUCUCCUCCUCCUCCUCCAGCUACCUCUUCUUCUCCUCCGUCUUCAAAUCCGACUGAUCCUUCUACUUUAGCUCCUCCUCCAACUCCAUUACCUGUUCUUCCCAGAGAGAAACCAAUUGCUAAACCAACUGGACCAGCUUCAAACAACGGAAACAACACUUCGCAGUCUGGUUCACCAAGUAACAGCGGAGUUGGUACUGGAGGUAUUGUAGCUAUUGGGGUGAUUGUGGGAUUGGUUUUUCUUAGCCUUUUUGUGUUGGGUGUGUGGUUCACUCGGAAACGAAAGCGAAAGGACCCUGGAACCUUUGUUGGAUACACUAUGCCUCCUUCCGCUUAUUCAUCUCCUCAAGGCUCAGAUGUAGUGCUCUUCAACUCGCAUUCUUCAGCUCCUCCUAAAAUGAGAAGCCAUUCUGGUAGCGAUUACAUGUAUGCGUCAUCUGAUUCAGGCAUGGUUAGCAACCAAAGAUCAUGGUUUUCUUAUGAUGAAUUAUCUCAAGUUACAAGUGGGUUCUCGGAGAAGAAUCUUCUCGGUGAAGGAGGGUUUGGCUGUGUAUACAAAGGCGUUCUUGCUGACGGAAGGGAAGUGGCAGUUAAACAGUUGAAGAUUGGUGGAACUCCAGGAAGACAGGUUAUGACUUGGGAAACUCGGGUUAGGGUCGCUGCUGGUGCAGCUCGUGGAAUCGCCUACUUACAUGAAGACUGUCAUCCCCGCAUUAUUCACCGUGACAUUAAAUCAUCCAACAUACUUUUAGAUAACAGCUUUGAAGCCUUGGUUGCGGAUUUUGGGCUUGCGAAAAUAGCACAAGAACUGGAUUUAAACACACACGUCUCAACACGCGUAAUGGGAACCUUUGGGUACAUGGCUCCUGAAUAUGCAACAAGUGGAAAGCUGUCUGAAAAAGCGGAUGUUUAUUCGUAUGGGGUAAUACUGUUGGAGCUUAUAACUGGCCGCAAACCUGUAGAUACGUCUCAACCUCUCGGUGAUGAGAGCCUUGUUGAAUGGGCAAGACCCUUGCUGAGUCAAGCAAUCGAAAACGAAGAAUUUGACGAGCUAGUAGAUCCGAGGCUAGGGAAAAACUUCAUCCCGGGAGAGAUGUUCAGAAUGGUAGAAGCUGCAGCUGCAUGCGUCCGACACUCAGCUGCAAAAAGACCAAAGAUGAGCCAAGUGGUGAGAGCUUUGGACACACUCGAAGAAGCAACGGACAUAACCAACGGCAUGAGACCAGGACAGAGCCAAGUGUUUGACUCGAGACAACAAUCUGCUCAGAUAAGAAUGUUUCAGAGAAUGGCUUUUGGAAGUCAAGAUUAUAGUUCUGACUUCUUUGAUCGCUCACAGUCACAUAGUAGCUGGGGAAGUCGUGACCAGUCCAGAUUUGUACCUUAGUAGAUUUUUUUAUUGUUUUUGCUACUUUCUUCUUUCUUAAACAUGUCUUCGAUCUUGUAUAUUCUUUUGCAUGAUAUAAUGUAUUUUUUAAAAUAUACAUACAUACACAUAAAUUUGAUAGUCUUUU